UAUCAAAUGAGUAACGACAGAAAACUCGAGGGCUGACCCGAGAGAGAACCAAAACGAAAAUGGAGAAGUGGAGAGCUGGUCGUCGUUUUCUCACAUACUCAUGCACCAACUCUCGAUUCAAUCCCAAUUCUCACACUCCAAUCUCUAACUCUGCUUACGUAAUAGGUUCUGGGAAUCAUCAGCACCGUAAUGAGACGCAAAAGUGGAAGCUACACCGUUGUUUUCGUUACUUAACAAGUAACAGAGUUCCUCUUAGAGCUUCUUCCAUGGAAAAGGGUGUUUAUGGAAAUGCAGUUAGAUUCCAGUUGAGGUGUUUUGGCUCAGCUUCCGCAGUGCCUGAGAGGAACCCUUCGUUUUCGAUGUUGGGUUCUGAUGACAUUGAGUAUUUCAAGGGAAUAUUGGGGGACAAAAAUGUAGUUCAGGAUGAAGAUAGGCUUUUGACUGCAAAUACGGACUGGAUGGAAAAGUACAGAGGUUCAAGUAAGCUUUUGCUGCAGCCCAAGACCACUGAGGAGGUAUCUCAGAUUCUUAGUUACUGUAAUUCCAGAUAUUUGGCUGUUGUCCCCCAAGGUGGAAAUACCGGCCUUGUUGGUGGAAGUGUUCCUGUUUAUGAUGAAGUGAUCAUCAAUGUUGGUUUGAUGAAUAAAAUCAUAUCUUUUGACAAGGUCAGUGGUAUUUUGGUAUGUGAAGCAGGGUGCAUACUGGAAAAUUUGAUAACUUUCCUGGACACACAAGGAUUUGUUAUGCCGCUGGACUUAGGUGCAAAGGGUAGCUGCCAGAUCGGUGGAAAUGUUUCAACUAAUGCAGGUGGUUUGAGACUAGUCCGCUAUGGAUCACUUCACGGGAAUAUACUUGGUGUUGAAGCCGUUUUAGCAAAUGGUGAUGUGCUUGAUAUGCUCGGUACUUUACGCAAAGAUAAUACUGGGUAUGACGUAAAGCAUUUAUUUAUAGGAAGUGAAGGAUCUUUGGGGAUUGUGACCAAGGUUUCCAUACUUACCCCUCCAAAGCUAUCUUCAGUUAAUAUAGCUUUUCUGGCGUGUAAAGAUUAUUUUAGCUGCCAGAAACUUCUUGUGGAAGCAAAGAGGAAGCUUGGGGAGAUCCUAUCUGCAUUUGAGUUUUUGGAUAAUGCGGCAAUGGAUUUGGCCCUGAAUAAAUUGGAAGGAGUUCGAAAUCCAUUGCCUCCUUCAUUGCACAACUUUUAUGUAUUGAUUGAAACGACAGGCAGUGGCGAGUCUUCUGACAAAGAAAAACUUGAAGCUUUCUUAAUUCAUGCAAUGGAAGUUGGCUUGGUUUCUGAUGGUGCUCUAGCACAAGACAUUAACCAAGCAUUAUCGUUUUGGCGUUUACGUGAGGGUUUACCAGAAGCACUGCAAAAAUCAGGGGCAGUUUACAAAUAUGAUUUGUCUAUACCUGUUGAAAAGAUGUAUGAUCUUGUAGAGGAAAUGCGAACAAGACUUGGUGCCCCGACUAAAGUAGUUGCAUACGGCCACCUUGGAGAUUCUAAUUUACAUCUCAAUAUUUCAGCUCCCCAGUACGAUGAAAAGAUAUUAGCGCAAAUAGAACCCUUUGUCUACGAAUGGACAUCUAAACAUCGGGGGAGUAUUAGCGCAGAGCACGGUCUUGGUCUUAUGAAGGCUAACAAGAUUCACUAUAGCAAGUCGAAGAAUACGGUUCAACUAAUGGCUUCCAUAAAGAAACUGCUGGACCCCAAAGGAAUACUCAACCCAUAUAAAGUUCUACCGCACUCCUUGAGUACUUAAAAAGAGUUAAAAGAGUAAGAAACUUGGUCCUCUUCUCAUCUAAAUACAGGAUGUAAAACUGAGAGGCCAGUAGACUAUAAUGAAAAAUUUCUUCUUUCCCUUGGGAAUGUAAUUGUAACAGGUGGGGAAUAAAACCAUGUUGUAAGUUUUAAGUGGUGUUUACUGGUAAAUAAUUGAAGAGCUCUUGUUGUUAUA